AGCAGCACUUUGCAUGGACCCUGCAUGCAUGCAGGAUGGUGUGACAGCGGGACCACGGGCAGGGCGUGGGGCUGCCUCUGCCGGCUGCAGCCACACGGAGAGCAGUGCUACAAAAAGGAGAGCAGUGCUACAGAAAGCAACUUUGUUCGGCUCUGGGCAGCAUGCCGGCUGCCGGCACACAGAGCUCAGCCCUGCGAGGCCGGAGGGAGAAGGAAAGGAAAAGGCACCUUUCUUUCUCUAAUCCUCAGAGCACAGAGGGAGAGGAGGGCUCGGAUAAAGAUCUCAUUCUUGCAUGUCUCAUCUCUAAGACUCCUUGUAAAUGCAAGGAGCCCCAGGUACACGCUGAGCUGAACUGAGCGAAGCGUCCAUCCCCUCAGCAGAGAUACAUCCUUUUGCACUAGCCCUGCAGCCCAGGGCAGCCACGCACUACCCUCCUUUCUCUUCAGCUUCUUCUCUGCAUCUUCACCUUUGCCAUGGUUCUGGUGCCAGAAGCCAAGGAUGAAAGCAGAGCAGCCAAAGGGAGAAGAAGGGGCCCUUCACGGCUCCCCACAGCCAAUCCUGCCCUGGCCUGGGCCCCAGAUGACCCCUACACUCCAAUGGAGGACUAUGAGCGCAGCAUCCAGGACAUGGUGCACCAGCUGAGGAACGGCUCCGAGCCAGGAGACACCAAAUGCCAGGUCAACCUGCGGCUCUGGAGGUCCAACCGCAGGAGUCUGUCCCCCUGGGCCUACAGCAUCAACCACGAUGCCACACGGAUCCCGGCAGACAUCCCUGAGGCCCGGUGCCUCUGCACUGGCUGCAUCAACCCCUUCACCAUGCAGGAGGACCGCACCAUGGCCAGCAUCCCCAUCUACAGCCGGCUGCCUGUCCGCAGGCUGCUCUGCCAGGCACCAGGAGAGGUGGGGCACAAGGCCUCCGGGAGGAAGAAGUGUCACAAGAAAUACCAGACAGUCAUGGAGACCAUCACUGUGGGCUGCACUUGCAUUUUCUGAGGCUGCAUAACGAAGGCCCAAAGUCAUCUAUGGGCAUCUAAGCAGCUUGCUCUUGCUUACCAAGCAUUACCAGGUUCAGCACUGGGGCAAGGAGUACCUCCAAGGGCUCUCCAAACCCCCCUGCUGAUUCCACCAGCCUCAGCCCAAGCUGGAGACACCCAGUGCUGUGGCAGCCCUGCAAGCAGCCCGGCACAUCAUCCUGCCUCUGGCCUUGCCAAGAGCUCUUGAACCCCCACUGAAAGGCCAAGAAGAAUGGAGGGGGAAGGUCCUCACCCACCACCCCCAAGCCCCAUGUGCAAACUGCAGCCCAGGGCCUGCCACAGAGGCAGGGGGUGGGGUACAGCUGACAUCCUGGGGAAGCUGAGGCAGCUUUUGAGGUCCUAAAUAAUAAAGUGCAUUGCUGGCCCCUGUCUGACCCACUCCAUGCCUUGGCCCAUGGUGAUGCCUGGGCUGGAGGGGCUGUGCCAAGCAGGGAGGAGCAGGGCCCCGCUACCCCCUUGGCCUUGGCUCUGAAGCCCCAUGAGGUCCCU